AUGGAUUACCAGCCAACAUCUGCCCUCUCCCUUUCUAUUAAUACCAUGGAUUACCAGCCAACAUCUGCCCUCUCCCUUUCUAUUAAUACCAUGGAUUACCAGCCAACAUCUGCCCUCUCCCUUUCUAUUAAUACCACGGAUUACCAGCCAACAUCUGCCCUCUCCCUUUCUAUUAAUACCACGGAUUACCAGCCAACAGCUGCCCUCUCCCUUUCUAUUAAUACCACGGAUUACCAGCCAACAGCUGCCCUCUCCCUUUCUAUUAAUACCACGGAUUACCAGCCAACAGCUGCCCUCUCCCUUUCUAUUAAUACCAUGGAUUACCAGCCAACAUCUGCCCUCUCCCUUUCUAUUAAUACCACGGAUUACCAGCCAACAUCUGCCCUCUCCCUUUCUAUUAAUACCACGGAUUACCAGCCAACAUCUGCCCUCUCCCUUUCUAUUAAUACCACGGAUUACCAGCCAACAUCUGCCCUCUCCCUUUCUAUUAAUACCACGGAUUACCAGCCAACAGCUGCCCUCUCCCUUUCUAUUAAUACCACGGAUUACCAGCCAACAGCUGCCCUCUCCCUUUCUAUUAAUACCAUGGAUUACCAGCCAACAUCUGCCCUCUCCCUUUCUAUUAAUACCAUGGAUUACCAGUCAACAUCUGCCCUCUCCCUUUCUAUUAAUACCAUGGAUUACCAGCCAACAUCUGCCCUCUCCCUUUCUAUUAAUACCAUGGAUUACCAGCCAACAUCUGCCCUCUCCCUUUCUAUUAAUACCAUGGAUUACCAGUCAACAUCUGCCCUCUCCCUUUCUAUUAAUACCACGGAUUACCAGCCAACAUCUGCCCUCUCCCUUUCUAUUAAUACCACGGAUUACCAGCCAACAUCUGCCCUCUCCCUUUCUAUUAAUACCACGGAUUACCAGCCAACAUCUGCCCUCUCCCUUUCUAUUAAUACCACGGAUUACCAGCCAACAUCUGCCCUCUCCCUUUCUAUUAAUACCACGGAUUACCAGCCAACAGCUGCCCUCUCCCUUUCUAUUAAUACCAUGGAUUACCAGCCAACAUCUGCCCUCUCCCUUUCUAUUAAUACCAUGGAUUACCAGUCAACAUCUGCCCUCUCCCUUUCUAUUAAUACCAUGGAUUACCAGCCAACAUCUGCCCUCUCCCUUUCUAUUAAUACCAUGGAUUACCAGCCAACAUCUGCCCUCUCCCUUUCUAUUGUGCGGCGCCAAGUUGUCUUUGGUCGCUUAGACUUCUUCCUUCGGGUGCCCAAGUUAAUGCGAUGUUAG